AGUUUAUUUAAGUAUCGGUCUCACAACUUUUACCAUGACUUUAUCGCUCAUAAAUAUACCUUCAGCGGACGAUUAUUCAGCCCGAGAAAUUAGAGAAUGGGCACCAGGAACCACCGAAGUUGUAGUAGAACCUGUGGGAAAAUGGUUUGAAACAUAUAACAACAGGCGUGCGAAAUCUUCGCUAUCUUUUGCUUCUGUAAAAUCAACUACUUCUGAAGAAGAAGAUAAUGAAGAGGAUAUAGAACUUUGUCCAGAGGAUGACGAUUAUGUAUUCAACAGAGAUCCUGCCGAAUGGAAGAAACAAGAUCAUUAUAAAAUAUUAGGCCUAAGCAGACUGCGAUACAAGGCAACCGACAAGCAUAUUAAGUUAGCUUACAAGAAAAAAGUAUUGCAACAUCAUCCGGAUAAGCGGAAGGCUAGAGGAAUACCAACAGAAAAAGCUGAUGCAGAUUUUAGUUGUAUAACUAAAGCGUAUGAGAUUCUAGGAAAUCCAAUUAAAAGAAGAUCUUACGAUAGUGUCGAUCCAGCUUUCGACGAUAGUGUACCCAAUAGUAAAACAGUCACAAAAGAAACCUUUUAUGAAACAUACAGUCCUGUAUUUGAGAGAAAUGCAAGGUGGUCUAUUCGCAAAAAGGUGCCUUUAAUUGGAGAUGAUAGCACACCUUACGAAGAUGUUUGUGAAUUUUAUAACUUUUGGUUUGAGUUCAAUUCUUGGAGAGAAUUUUCGUAUUUAGACGAGGAAGAUGUCGAUAAAGGAGAAAAUCGAGAUGAAAGGAGGUGGAUAGAGAAGCAAAACAAGUCCGCUAGAAAGGAGAAAAGAAAAGAGGAGAUGAUGAGAAUAAGAUCACUUGUAGAAAGUGCGUACAACUUAGAUCCUAGGGUUUUAAAACAGAAGGAAGAAGAAAAACAAAAGAAACUGGCUAUAAAACAAGCUCGAAAGGAAGAGGUUAGAAAGCGCAUAGAGGAAGAAAAUAGGAAAAAAAGGGAAGAAGAAGAACGGUUAGCCAAAAUUAAAGAGGAAGAGGAGAAAAAAGUAAAAGCUGAAGAAGAUAGAUUGAAAAAAGAACGUGAAGCUAUUCGUAACAAAACUAAGAAAGAAAGAAAAGCUCUUAGAAAUAUGGCAAAGAAUUUUGAUUAUUUCACUACGGAAGAAUCACAAAGAGUUCACAAUAUGGCCGAAGUUGACAAAUUAGCCGAAUUGUUAGAAUUAACAAAAUUACAAGAAUUAAAUACCGCUCUUUCAUCCAAAAAAGAAAAAGAUUUAGCCGCUGCUGAAUUCUUCAAGUUUUCGAAAGAAUUAAAUGCACGUCUAGACGAGGAAAAACGAAAACAAAUUGAAGACUCUCAAAAGUCAGCUGACUACAGUUCUGAGUCUAAAUCUAAUCGAAACUGGUCUCCAGAAGAUUGUACAGCAUUGGUAAAGGCUGUGAAUCUAUUUCCAGCAGGCACAAAUAAAAGGUGGGAAGUCGUUGCCCAAUAUGUUAAUGAACAUGGAAAAGGAAAGUUUAAUGCAAAAGAAGUAUUGGCUAAAGCCAAAUCCAUGCAAAAACUAGAUCCUAACCAAAAGAAAGAAGUCAACGCUAGAGCUUACGAAAAUUUCGAUAAAACUGUUAAAGAUGUUAAUUCAAAGCCUGGUGGUGGUAUCAGUCAGAGAUACGAAACUGUUGCAGAGCAACAAAUUGCCGAAAGGGGUACAAAUCCCUCUCCAUGGUCAGCUAGUGAACAGAAACUAUUGGAACAUGCUUUGAAAACAUAUCCUGCUUCUACACCAAAUCGUUGGGAUGCAAUUGCUUCAACAAUACCCAACAGAAGUAAGAAAGAUUGCAUACAGAGAUGUAAAGAAUUAGCCGAAAUGGUAAGAGCUAAGAAAGCAGCAACCAGCAAAUCAUAA